GUUCUCUCUCUCUCUCUCUCUCUCUCUCUCUCUCUCUCUCUUUCUCUCUCCCUCUCUUUCUCUCUUUGCCUGGUGGGUAGUUUCUGGUUGCUUUUCGCUAACUCUUCCCAUAUACAGAUGAAGCAGGAUCAGGGCAGCAGCUCCCCUGCUCUGGGACUUUCCAGGGGAAGAAGUUUAAGUGAUUUGGAAAAAAAGCGACUCCUAUCCCGUCUCAGAAUUGAGAAGAUGGAAGAGGUGGGGCAGCCGUGGCCUAACUUCACCCAUACCCGGAUCCCCAGGCCCCAGCUUGUGUGGCGGCCAGUUCAGUACCGCAGGCAGUGGCCGGGCUCGAGCCUGGUGUUCAGAAAUCCCACUUUCCCAUGCAGCAUGAGCCAGUUUCCAGCAAAGAACUCUUCCCACUGUCAGCCCCUGGAGGAUCCAAACUCCUGGCUCCCCUCCAUAGAGAGCCUCUCAUUGGAUGACUUUUGGUUGGAGGUGGAGAGCAUGAAGCAGAACGAUGAACUGAAGCAGGAGGAGGGCGGUGUCACUGAAGCCCAGAUCCCAGAGGAGGGCGAGGCGGAAGCCCAGUGGCUGCAGGACACAGGCCUGGCUGACCUCAUUGGGACCCCUACGCCAGACAGCGAUAACAGAGUGCUCCUGUCCACGCUCACAAAGACCCAGGCGGCUGCUGUGCAACGGAGACUAGACACAUACACGCGCUCAAUGCGUAAGAAAAGCAAGCCACCAGUGAGGGACGUCAGAGACAUCUUUGGCACUUUUGAUUCUGGGGAGGUGUUAGCAGAAAGAGUGGAUGCUGAAGGGAAAUGGACACAGCUAAAAUCCAGACCUGCAGAAUCCCCACCAAUGGCAGAUUAUCCAGGAUGUGUGGAACAUCCUGGCCCAGUUCCCAGUUCUGGGAAGGAGGAAAUUUUCAGCACUGAUUCUGCAUAUUCAGAGCAAGCAGCUCUGCUGCAGAAAGGAAGACUGCCCCCAGAAGCCAAGUGGAUAAGGGGCAAAGGCUCACUGCCGAAGUUUAGAAUUCCUAAGGGAAGACUUGGAGUAACAAGAAUAGGAGACUUGUCACCACAAGAUAUGAAGAAGAUCCCCACGCUGGCCCUGAUUGAGCUGACGGCCCUCUGUGACAUUUUGGGGCUGGACCUGAGGAGGAGCAAGGCAGGAAAAUGGAAGGCAACAGAGAACCGGCUUUUUGGAGUUCAUCUUAGUACUUUGUUGGAGACUGAUCAGAAAGUUGUCCCCAACACACAAGUCCCAUUGAUUCUACAGGCUCUGCUGUCCUGUUUGGAGAAGAGAGGGUUAGACACUGAAGGGAUCCUGAGAAUAUCUGGCUCCCAGACCAGAAUUAAGAGUUUGGAGCAGAAGCUGGAGAGAGAGUUCUAUGCAGGCCUCUUCAACUGGGAUGAGGUCCAUCAAAAUGAUGCAUCAGGUUUGCUGAAGAGGUUCAUCCGAGAACUGCCUGCUCCGCUGCUCACAGCUGAGUACCUGCCUGCCUUCACCAUGGUACAGAAUAUCCCAGACCUGAAGCAACGAUUACAGGCUCUGAAUCUGCUCAUCUUAAUUCUUCCUGAAGCUAACAGAAACACUUUAAAGGCCCUACUGGAAUUUCUCAGGAAGGUAGUUGCCCGAGAACAGAGCAACAAAAUGACUUUAUGGAAUGUUUCCAUGGUGAUGGCACCGAAUCUCUUCAUGCAUAAAGGGCAGCCUCACAGAAUCCCGGAGGGAAAGGGGAAGCAGCUGGCCGAGGGUGCUGCCGAUGUUGUCCGGGCCAUGAUCCAUUACCAGGACCUUCUGUGGACUGUCUCCUCCUUUUUGGUUGCCCAAGUCCGGAAACUGAAUGAGAACAGCAGCUGGAGGCAUCAGUUCUAUGACAGACGGAUCAAGAACUUCCUGAAGAAGAUUCACACAGACAAGGACAAGGGAAACAAGACCCCUAGAGAGCCAUCCAAAGUGGUGAAAAUCCAGGCCGCUCUGCUCCUAAAGGACUGUUUAGAGGUGCAUCUACACAACAGCACCAAAGCUGCUGAUGUGCUUAAGCAGUUCCAGAGACACCUCUGCUCCAACAGCUGGAAUGUCAUGAAGACUGUCAACCUAAUCCAAUGUAAUGGGCCUAUUGAAUCAUCAAACCUACUCCUCUAUGAAGUUGGUGGGAACAUAAGUGAACAUUGCCUGGAUCCAGACACUUACCUCUUAGACCUGUACCACAUCAACCCUCAUGGGGAGUGGGUCAUCAAACAGAGCCCCACCUUACCCCGGACACUUUAGGAGAGUUACCAAGUUUAUUCCCUAAGGUCAGAAAGAAAGAAGAGCAGCAGCAGGAAGAACGUUUUUUUCCUUUUGAGCACCUCUGUGCCAUUUCCCCCAUCCGGUGCCUUUAGCUGGGAGAUGUGCAGAAUUCAUCCUGAAGGUGGGCAGAGUCGUGGAAGCCACUGAUCACUUCAUAUUCCAAAGAAUCCAGCUGAUCAGCAGCACAGUGUCUGCUACUAGUGAUGUGUGAAUAACCCAUCUAGGUGGGCAAACAUUCUCCUGUACAGCAUUCCAGCUAAUGAUUGCCCAGAAACCAACCUGGCAGUGAAAUCCUUGCCCAUUCUUGGGUAGUGACUCAUAGUAGAGAGAGAGAAAAAAAAAACAAGGUCCUAGAAACUGCAAUCCUGAAAGAAAAGUAUGCAGCUGAGAAGGGCAUUCUCAUUUUGGAAAGCUUUGUGGCUACUGGUGAUGAGAAUAGCUUCUUCAUGUUUUCUUCGAGUUCUCUACGCUGUGCAGAGAAGAAAUACUGCUUCUCAGGGAUGCAGUAGAAUCUUUUUUAGACAAGAGAGUUCAAUCAAUCCAUCCAUCCUGCCCUCAAGACGAGGAAGUGGGCUGUUACCCUUGUCACUCACUUCCUUAGCUGCCUACUCUGACUUUCCAAAGUGAUUUUGUCCUUUUUAUUUAUGAGACUGUGGCCUCACUCCUCUCAAAGUCACCGUUGGUCAUUGUCCAGAAAUCAAGCUGAGUGUUAGGGGUCUUUAAAGAUGUGUAUAUUUUGACCCUUUCUUGCCAGUUCAAUGACCCAGUAUUACUUCUUGCUUAAGAAGCAUCCAGUGUCUUAACUUUUAAAAAUGUGUGUGGUAUGAAGUCUGAUGCCUCUGUUGGAAAUCCCUUCUCCAUAUGUAAGAUUUGCUGAUAGAAGAGUGCCUAGGGAGUCUUUUCUACUCUGACCCCACUGAUGACUCUUGGAGAUAUCCAAUGCUCUGAGCCAUAUUGCUGUUCCCCUCCCUUGGGUCUUAUCAGUGUCUUGGAGACAAUGUCUUUGGUCUCUGUCUUCUGUGCACAUAUUGAUAGUUAAAUAAAUACAUUUUGCAAAAUGUAGUGAAUGAAACAAA